GAGUCACGCCGUAGCAGCACCCCGUCGUUCGUUAACGCGUUCACCAUGGUGUUUGGAUCGAUGCGCCACGCCGCUCAGCAGCUCCGCCAGUCGGCCAAGACCGCGUCCACUCGCCGCGCUGCUGUCUCGGCGUCUGCCUCUUUUGCUAGUGCCCCUCGCGCCGCGCCGGCGUUCGUGCAGACUCGUGUCAAUGCUGCGUCCAUCGCUGCCCAGCUGCAGCACGUGCAGGCGGACCCUACGGGCGUCGUCGCUGGCAUCGCCAUCGUUGGAGCCCUGAUUGGCGUGGGCAAGAUGUGGUGGGACGCCUCGUCGUCGCCGUCCGUCGCCGCGGAGCCUCUGGCGUUCCAGGAGCUCUCGCAGGCGGAGAUCGCGCUCUUCUUCGCGGACCUCACGGAUGCUGUCAAGGAGCUGUUCAAACGACUGCCGGAGCUCGAUACGGCGCUCCGCCAGCACCUGAAGGACAGCAACCAGCAGCUCAGUGACGAUGAGUUCAAGCAGGUUAUUCUGCAGAACCUGUACCAGGCGAUGGAGAGUGUUGAGCAGGCGAUUGUUGCCCAGCGUCAGUGGAGCCGUCAGAGCCUGGAGUUCGCGCUCGAAAAGUUCGCUCAGGACCCUGAGAUUAUCAAUCUGCAGGAGGAACUGAACAACCUCAUGCAAACCGUGUUCCCUGCGCCGGAGGCUGUGGAGAUCCCCGCGGACCUUACUGCCGACAAGACAGUCGCGAUUCUGAGGGAGAUGGUCGCAGGCAUGGAGAAGGCCAUGGCGGACAUGCUCGCCCACGCUCGGUCAGAGGGCAUCACUGACGUCAUGAAGGCCAUGGAGGAGUUUCAGAGCCUCUAUGUGGAGCAUGUCGAGCAGAUGACGCAAGCUCAGAUGAAGGCCAACGGCAUCUCGCAGCAGGCUUUCACGGCUGCUCUUCAGAAGUACCACACCGAAAACGAGCAGUUCCGGCAACAGGUGGAGCAGAUCUACGCUCAGCAGGCGAAGGCCUUCAAGAAGAUGGGUCUGCCUGUUGAGGAGUCUCAGUAA